AUGGAUACCGUCAACAAAUACGUCAACGCUGCUUCGACCGCCAUCUGGGGUGAGAGCGGCUCCUCAAGCACCCAGCAAAAUCUCCAACAUGGCGAGGAACCCAUCUCUGGUGUCCAGGGCAAAGGAGCUGCCACAGACCCCUAUGACGCCGGUAACCGCGAGGAACAACCUGGCGCAGUAAAUGCCGACGGCAACACAGCCCCCCAAGAACCAAAUCUAGGCGGCAAACAACAGACGUUCGAAGAAGCAGCCCUAACAUCAGUCCCAACCCCCGCCAAAUCCACCCUCGACAAUAACAACACAACCGGUGUCAUCGACCCAAAUGCCAGCAUUGCCGAACCAAUUACCGGCAACAACACGAACACAACUUCGAGCACAGGCACAGGCGUCAUCGACCCUAACGCCAGUAUCGCCAAGCCAAUUACUGGUAACAACACAUCCACCGCUGCCACCAGCGCCGAAGCUACACAACCCCUCCCAGGCCUAGGAGCAGGCAGUUCCUCUGAGCCCAGCAACAGAACCGACAAUACCACACCUACCAAGGAACAGCGCAGUACCCCUGAAACUCAGCAGGGUGAUAGCAGUAACAGUACCGGCAAUGCUGCUGCCUCGGAAUCUGCGCCCAAGGGUAACUCCCACUCUCACGCGAGCGAGGAAGCUCUCAAGGGCCCGCAGGGUCCGGCACCUAAGUCCGCUGAGGAGUUCAUGAAAGAAAAGAGGAAGGGGUCCGUAGUUAAGGAGAUGGACAAUGCGAAGAAGAGAACUUCAAGUGACUCCAAGCAUAGCAACAAGUCCGAACCUUCUUCCCAGGAUAGCGGGAAGAGUAACGGGAAGAACGGUGCCAUGUCGAAGAUGAAGGAGGAGAUUAAGAAGCAUCUCCACCAUUCAAGCAAAUAG